AUGGAAUACGAGACCAUCACAUUAGGGAGGGCAAAGAGAAGCACGGCGGGUAACCGCAUGCGAGAGCUGCUGGAGAAGGCGCACCAAGAGGAUGACGAUGAGCUGUUCAAAGAAGUCGAAGAUGAUGAAGAAUUCGUCGCUCCUGUCGACCAACGCGAUGUCUACCUCGACGAAUUUGCGGAUACGGACGAUGAAGUUUCCGGCGACGACGAAGAACGCGCCCUGCAACGCGAAGAACGCCACGCCAAAAACAAAGAAAAAGGCAAAUCCAAAGCCCUCUACGACCCCCUCGCCAAACAGCCCAAGAAGAAGAAGAAGAUCGCCAUCGAAGGUGCAGGCGAGUUUAAGCAGUCUGAUCUCGACAUGCUCCGCGCGGAAGGGAUUGACCCUGCGACGAUGGCGCCGUCGACGUUGACUUUGGAGAUAAGGAGGAGGAGGAGGGAGAUGAAGCGGCAGGGGAGGUCGGAGGUGAGGAGGUCGAAUUUGAGGGCGUCGACGAUCAAGAAUGAAGCAGAGAUUAUCGAGCGGGAAAAGCUCUCUCUCCUCGCGCUCGAGCAGCCUGGGCGUAAGGGGCGUAAAGCGCAACAUACCACCGGGCUUCCCCAGCCGCACAAACGGAAAUUCACGCAAGACGAGCUUAUUGCAGAAGCGCUGGAAGAAGAGGAAAGGAAUAAGGAGGCGUUGAGGGAUUGGUUGAAGAAGGAGGAUGAGAAGCGGAUGUUGAGGAAAGUGGGGAGGAAGAGGGUCAAGGGGCCGAGGUGGACUUGGGUAUCGAGGACGGUGGGCAAGUUGGUGGAUGAAGUGCCGGACGCCGCCAAGGAUGUAGAAGAUGACCCGCCAGAGGGCGAGCCGGGUGAACCUCAACAAGCUUCAAAAGCAGUCACGACAGAAGCCCCGAAGGCAGAACCCGAGAAGCCUCCCGUCCCCAUCGUGCCCCCGUCUGAAAACGCCCCAUCUCAGUAUACUCGAAACUACAUCAUCCUCUCUCAAAUCCCCGGCGGCUUACCAGCCGAAUUUGGCCUGGUCCUGGGAGAUCAUGUAGCGUGGGACGAGCUCAAAGUGAUCCCGGCGAGAAACAGACCCAUCAGUGAGUCCCUUCAGUGUUACUGCAAGAUCCAUGCUGACAAAGAUACUGUAGAUCGCAUACCACCCCUAUGCCCCUUCACUGGCCUCCCAGCGCGAUACCGCCAUCCCCUCACGCUCACGCCGUAUGCCAACGCCGAAGGCUACGCUGCGAUACAAGAUCUUCUGGCGGAGCGCUAUGUAUGGAAUGGGGAGGGGAUGUGCUGGAUGGGAGGGGAAGAGGAGCAGUGGGCGGAUGGGGUGGAAGAGGUUGAAGGGUGGGCGGAGGCUGUGGGUCUGGGGUGGAGAGGUGGGGAGGAGUUGGUGAAACCUGAGGUCGAGCUGGACGGGAAGAAGAGGGGGAGAGGGGGAGAACCAGCUCCGAAAAGAGGCAGGGGCAGGAGGAGAUAG